UCCUGGAGUUCAGUCUCUAGCAAAGCACAUAGGAACAAGGAUGCUUCUCCUGCUCUCUCUCGCUACCUUGCUCUUCUCCACUACAGAGUGUCUGAUGCUUCCAUCUAAUCUGGACAGUGGUAUUUGCCCCCUUGGGCUGUUUCCAUGUGGCAAUCUGACAGUUUGUUUGCCUCAACUCCUGCACUGUAAUGGGCACAAGGAUUGCGCCAAUGGAGCUGAUGAGGAAAACUGUGUGGAUAACAGCGGAUGGCCCAAGCUGUUUGAUGCUAUCCAGAGCUCGCGUGGCAACCGUGCGAUGCCAGAGGAAGAGUCCCAUAAAUGUGAACUGGAUGUUUUCCCAGAAAACUGCACAUGUUGGCGGCGCAUGAUAAACUGUUCAAAUCAAGAGCUGCGCUCAGUGCCCUUUGUGUCUUCCAACGUGACCAUUCUGGAUCUGAAGGAAAAUAAAAUCAGAUUUCUAGCUGAUGGUGGAUUCAACUUAUAUUGGAAUCUAGAGAAGCUCUUUCUUCAGAACAACAAACUUCGCUCCAUCUCACGUUUGGCUUUUUCAGGCCUUUUUAGACUCAAGACACUGUUUCUUAGUCACAAUCGGAUCACAUCGCUGAAGAUCGGAGUGUUCAAAGACCUUCACUCUCUGGAAUGGUUGAUUUUAGAUAAUAACAAAGUAACCAAAAUUGUUCCUGGGUCGUUCUCUGGUCUGGAGUCUCUAUACUUCCUGGACAUGCUAAACAAUUCAAUUCGUGAAAUCCCCAAAAAUUCCAUCUGCACAGAAAUGCCUCAUCUUAACUGGCUGGACCUGGAAGGGAAUCGGAUACAUACAAUCCGCAGAUCUGUGUUUCCAGAAUGUAUAACUGUUCUGGUCUUGCGCAGAAACAAGAUUCGAAAAAUUCAACCGGGAGCUUUAUCCCAAAUGAACAAGCUGGUGGAUCUAGAUCUGUCUGUCAAUCAGAUUAAGGAGCUUCCACCCUCGUUGUUCACGAACCUGCAGGACCUCCAACAGCUGAACAUCUCUUUCAACCCAUUGAGCCACAUUCCACACAAUCAGUUUGAUCUCCUGACGAGCCUGCAGUCCUUAGCCAUGGAAGAUAUAAAGAUUCCAAACAUUCAUAACCGCAUGUUUUCUAGCCUGGUUAACUUGUCUCACAUUUACUUCAAGAAGUUCCAGUACUGCAGUCAUGCUCCUCAUGUACGGAGCUGCAAGCCCAAAACUGAUGGGAUCUCGUCGUUUGAGAAUCUACUUGCCAACAUCUUGCUCAGAGUCUUUGUCUGGGUCAUGGCUUGCGUCACCUGCUUUGGGAACCUGUUUGUGAUUUGCAUGAGAUCCUUCAUUGUCACAGAAAACUGCCAGCACACUAUGUCCAUCAAAUCUCUGUGCUGUGCAGACUGUCUAAUGGGAUUCUACCUCUUCUGUCUUGGAGCCUUUGAUAUAAAAUUUAAGGGAGAGUAUAAUAAACAUGCUCAGAUAUGGAUGGAGAGCUGGGAGUGUAAGCUUGUGGGCUCGAUGGCAAUGCUGUCAUCUGAGGUUUCCGUCAUGCUGCUCACCUAUAUGACUCUGGAAAAAUAUUUGUGCAUUGUCUUUCCGUUUAGCCACUUCCGAGCAGGACGUGGGCAAACCUUGUGCACCCUGAUUGCCAUAUGGGGACUGGGCUUCCUCAUCACUGUCAUCCCCUUCUUGAGCUAUGACAAAUUUGGAAACUUCUAUGGCAGGAAUGGAGUAUGCUUUCCACUGCAAUCCGACAGCACAGAAAAGUUUGGAGCACGGGGUUACUCCAUCAGCAUAUUUUUGGGUCUGAACGUUCUGGCUUUUAUCACCAUUGUCUUCUCGUACAGCAGCAUGUUCUACUCUAUACACAAGACUGGUGCUAAAACAGCAGAGCGCAGCGUCCUCUCACGUGAAGUCACUAUUGCCAAGAGAUUCUUCUUCAUAGUCUUCACUGAUGCCCUAUGCUGGAUCCCCAUCUUUUUAUUGAAGGCAGUCUCCCUCACAGAGGCUGAGAUUCCAGGCACCAUUACAUCCUGGAUUGUGAUUUUUAUCCUGCCUAUCAACAGUGCUAUAAACCCCAUUUUAUACACGCUCACCACCUCAUCCUUCCAAGAAAAACUUAAACAAUGUCUUCAGGGAAAAAGCAACCAUACACAAGAGUCUGGAAAGAGUUUUACAUUGGUGUCCAUUCACAUCAACACUGCUUGACGCUGCCGUCACCGGAUACACUCCCACAAGGACCAAUGUCGGCUCCUGCAUCAAUCACUAGAUACCAGCGGGCUUAAGACGAAUUGUUCCUCCCUCAUCAUGUUAUACCGUGCCUUCAGUAAGUCUAUUGUUUGCUAUAAUAGAAGAGCUGUGGUGAUCAGAAUGCCAGCGCAGAAUGGUGGAUGCGCAUU